UUAUGUCUGCCGCUGCUUCUUUCACUUUAGCGCAGGUAAGCGCAUAUUCAUCCCGCCGCCGUUUCUUUUGUUCAGCGCCAGCCUUUGUGAGGGAAAUACGCGUUUAUGUGGUGCUGUAAUUUGAGCGCGCGUGAGAUAACCCCGGGCGGUGGUGAGCCAGCCGAGUAGCGAUGACCCUCAGAGAGGGGGGUGGUCAUCGCGCCCCGCCCGCUCACGGGGAGCAGGGAGGUGGACGUCGGCCUCCACAAGUUCACCGGCUCGGAGUGAGGAGGAUGUGGGAGCUGCUGGGCUCCCUGCUGCUGCUGUUGUGCGCCGCGUGCUGCGCCCUGUGGGUGCUGCGGCGGCGCGCGCGCCCCGCACUCGACGCCUUCCCGGGACCGCCCGCGCACUGGCUCUACGGGCACGCGCACCUGCUUCCAGAUGACGAGCAGUGGCUGCAGAAUCUUUUGAAGCUGUCCUGCGAGUAUCGCUACGUGUUUCCCAUGUGGGUUGGUCCGUUCAUAGCCACAUUGCAAAUCAGUCACCCGGACUAUGCCAAAGCCAUCAUCAGCACUGCAGAACCGAAGAAUGACCUCGGAUAUGUAUUCAUCAUUCCAUGGAUCGGAUUGGGUCUCCUCACCUCAUCUGGUCCAAGGUGGUUCCGGAGUCGCCGUAUGCUCAGCCCCGGCUUCCACAUGGAUAUUCUGAAGCCCUACGUGUCUCUCAUGGUGGAGAGCACCCAAGUGCUCAUCGACAAAUGGGAGAAGAAGAUCAAGACGCAGAACUUGUUCGACGUGUUUGAGGACAUCAGCCUUAUGAUGCUGGACAGCAUCAUGAAGUGUGCCUUUAGCUACCGCAGCAGCUGCCAGACGGACAGUGACAACUCCUACGUGUCGGCGGUGUUUGAUCUCACGGAAAUGGUGCACCGUCGGAGCAGGCUCUUCCCAUACCAUUUUGAUGUCAUCUUCAACCUGAGUCCACUGGGAUUCCGCUUUCGCAAGGCGUGCAACAUCGCACACAAACACACGGCUAAAGUGAUCAAAGAACGCAAGGAGGCCUUGCGUUGGGAAGAUGAACUGGAGAAGAUCAAAGCAAAGCGGUACAUUGACUUCCUCGACAUCUUGCUCAGCGUGCAGGAUUACGAGGGCAAUGGGCUGACCGAGGAGGACAUACAGGCCGAGGUGGAUACCUUCAUGUUUGCUGGCCAUGACACUACAGCCAGUGGCCUGGCCUGGGCCCUACAUGCCAUGGCUCACAACCCUCACCACCAGGAUGCUUGCCGUGCCGAGGUCACAAGCCUGCUUGCAGGCCGAACCUUCCUCACCUGGGACGACCUUUCCCAGCUGUCCUACACCACCAUGUGCAUCAAGGAAUCGCUGCGCCUGCAGGCCGUGGUACCCUCGAUCUCCAGGAAGACCAGCCAACCAAUCACCUUGUGCGAUGGGCGCGUCAUCCCCACAGGAACCCGAGUUGUCAUCAACAUCUACUGCUUGCACAGAAACCCAGAGUUCUGGAAGGACCCAGAGGUUUAUGACCCUCUGAGAUUUUCUCCUGAAAACGCAGCCAAUCGCCACCCCUACGCGUUCAUCCCCUUCUCGGCCGGGCCCCGCAACUGCAUUGGGCAGCACUUUGCCAUGAACGAGCUGCGCGUGACGCUCGCCCUGAUUCUCUCACGGUUCCGCGUGCUGCCGGGCCCCGUGGAGGCGCAGCCCGUGCCGCGCGUCGUCAACCGCUCUACCACGGGCUUCCAGCUGCAGCUCGAGAGAAUCCCGCCACUCGCCGAGUAGCAGCGACGCGCUCCGUCCCCAUCUCACAUCACACCGAGCGCAGAGCUCUCUCCCUGCUUCUCACUCUCACAUUCACUCUCUGUGGAACUCUGUUCCCAUCACACACACUCACUGUGGAACUCCCUGUCAUACACUCGGGUGAGACUGAUGAUGGUGAGAUGUCUUUUUUUCGAAAGUUCACACAAGUGCCCCGUGCUCGUGCAACACUCUAGGUUCUAGCGACUGAUGAUAUUAGAUAACUCGUGUUGUGUAGUAUGAGAUGGCGACAGCUUAGGAAAGCCUUUAUCCAGUAAUGUGUUCUG